CGGCAACACCGUUUUGUCAAUAAUAACAAACAGGUCGAAAAUUGGCGAAAUUUUCCCUAUUUUUGGCCAAAAAUCUUAGCCAAAUGAUGGAUUUAUGGGUAAUUUUCGCGGAUAUAUUGAGAGUUCAACCUUCGAGAGAAACUGACCUCCAGUUGCAGAAAUUUUUCCGAAUAAGCGGAAGAAAUACUGGAGUUGUAUGAUUCAACAAGUGUUAGAAUACACAACACACUGUUAGAAAUGCUGGAGAUUGUGUUGACCAUCUACUGGCGUCUACAUCCUGGCCGCCCCAUGCACACCCUCAUCACUCUGCAGACGCAAUUUGAUUCUGCUAAAUGAAACAUUGCCAUGCAACAUUGACACAUAUUUUGGAAAUAGCUUAACUGUAACAUAUCACUUUAUUUUGCAAUGAAGAUCACAUGAUUUUGAUAAAAAUGCUGGUAUUAAAUGAUACUUUGGCUUCUGUAGGCUUUUAAAUCAGCUUGAAUUCAAGGUGUGUAAAAAUACUCUUUGCAAAAGCUACAUUAGAUUGAUGGCAUGAGAGCUGAAAAAAAAUGGUCUUUAUUAUAAAAUUUUCCUUAACGUUUUCUCAAAUUAUGCAAAAAUAAAUUUGUCUACUGCUAGUCAUAGUUCGUGCAGUCAGUGUUUAUUAGAAUAAAAAUAUGUACUGUUAAAUUAAUGUAAAUACGCGAGGAUAUACCUUAUGGAAUACAAAUUAUUAAUUCUGUGGUAGAAAUGACAGAAAUUUAUUUACAAACUUGUGGAAUUUUGGAUUGCAACAUAUGCCAGGGCGAUAAGGAAGUUGCUGUCUAUUGCUGUUCAUCUGUGAGUGAUUUAUUGCACCAGCUUGCAAUGUUGUGUGUCCAUCAUGGGUUUAGCACCUAAUUUUCAUUGUAAUAAUAAUAAACUUCAUCAUCUUGGAUUACUUCAUGUGCUGCUGAAUUUUCUGACAUUAUUAUUACCAUUCUACUGCUGCUGCUAUCUUUUUUUUUUUUCUUGUGUACGGUUCAUCUGCUAAGGGGUUUGAUACAGGAAGUGACAGUAGCAAGGAAACAAUUGUUAUAGAGGUGCUGUGUUGGUAAUCAUGGCCUGUCUACAUUUGCUAGGCCUGGUCGAGUCUGACAGAAAGGCCUGUGGCCAGUGGCCUUCGUGUGUAGUUCAAAGAAGGGGGGGGGGUUGCGUGACUAGGCUUGGCCAGGAAGCCUCCUCAUAAAAUGGAGCUAUAACGAUGUAUACUACACAAUUAUUACACUGUUGACACGUCUGUGCUGUGUGGUGCUGAGAACCCUUACAGGUUCAGUUCUCUGAUAAUAGAAAAUGAAGGUUCAUAUUGGAGAGAAGCGAUUCAAGUGUUUGGAAUGUCCAAAAGACUUUUCCCAAAAAGGACAUUUAGUAAGACACAUGAGGUUCCAUACAGGAGAAAGGCCUUAUAGAUGUUCAAUGUGUUCAAAAGACUUUGGUGUGAAAUCAUGUUUAAUCCAACACUUGAAAGUUCACACUGGUGAGAAGCCAUAUCAGUGUUCAGAAUGUCUGAAAGGUUUCACGCAGAAGGGACACCUGCAGAAACACAUGACGACUCACACAGGUCAUAAACCAUACCAGUGUUCAGAAUGUCCAAAAGACUUUUCGCAGAAAGUACACCUGAAGCAACACAUGAGAGUUCACACAGGAGAGAAACCAUAUCAGUGCCCAGAGUGCCUGAAAAGCUUUUCGCAAAAGGGGCAUUUAGUGAUUCAUAUGAGAAUUCACACGCGACAAAAGCCAUUUAACUGCUCUGAGUGUUUGAAAAACUUUAGGGCUAGAUCGACUUUAAUAACCCACAUGCGAGUUCAUACCGGAGAGAAGCCAUACCAGUGUUUGGAGUGUCUGAAAGAGUACAAACAAAAAGGGUCUCUACAGCAGCACAUGAAAGUCCACACUGGAGAAAAGCCAUUUCAGUGUUCGUUGUGUCUGAAAGCUUUUUCAGAAAAAUCUCAGUUGGUAAAACACCACAAGGUUCAUACGGGUGAAAAGCCACAUCAGUGUACUGAGUGUCUCAAAGGUUUUCUAUUGAAAGCGAAUCUAAUACAACACAUGAGAGUUCAUACAGGAGAGAAACCAUACAAGUGUCAAGAAUGUCCAAAAGCAUUCUCGGUAAAAUCCGGUCUCUUACAUCACAUUAAAAUUCACACAGGAGAGAAACCAUACAAGUGUUCACUCUGUCUGAAGGAUUUUUUACGAAAAUCCAGAUUAAUACAACACAUGAGAGUUCACACUGGGGAGAAACCCUAUCAUUGUUCGUCGUGCUUGCGAGCCUUCUCGCAAAAGGGGAAAUUAAUACAACACAUGCGAAUUCAUACAGGAGAAAAACCAUACAAGUGUACAGUCUGUCAGAAAGGGUUUUCGCUAAGACCAAUUCUAAUUAACCACAUGAGGACUCACACAGGAGAGAAACCAUACCAGUGUACAGUGUGCUGUAAAGGUUUCUCAGUGAGAUCAAAUCAAAUAUUGCAUAUGAGGAUUCAUACGGGAGAGAGGCCAUACAAGUGUUCGGUGUGUCCGAAAGAUUUCUCCGGGAAGUCAAGUCUGACACAGCACAUGAAGGUUCAUACAGGAGAAAAACCAUACAAGUGUACGGAGUGUCUCAAAGAAUUUUCACAAAGGUCACAUCUGAACUAUCAUACAAAAAUUCAUACACGAGACAAACUAUAAUUUAUUGUGUAUCUAAGAGACUUUUUUUUUUAAAUAUACAGUGGAACCUCUACUUACGAGCGCAUCCACGUGCGAGUUUUUCCAAAUAAGAGCAGUCGAUGGGUUGAUUUUUUGCUUCCAUACGUGAGCAAAAUUUCCAUAAGCGAGCAGACGUCAAGGCAGGUCUGGUGAGGGGCUCAUGCUCUUGAUCUAGGGAAUUGUAUCUCAUUUGUUUGUUGGACUAUCUUAUUGAAACUUGGGCAAUGUAUGAUGGAAAGAUGCUUCUUAAUGUACACCAAAAAUGAGAGAAAUCUAUGCAUAAAAUGGAGUUCACUUCUCAGCAAUUAGCCACCCCUUUGCGGUAUUUUUGUAUGGUUUUAUGGUUGUAUUCUCGUUUUCUGGGUCUCAUUUGAUAGAAUGGAAGAUAUAUCACAGAAAUAGAUAUGAUUUUGAUUGCUUUCACAAUGAAAAGUACCUUGAAAUUGAGCUCAACGAGGGAGAAAUGCUCAUUUGCUUGACUACGUUCAAGAGUAAACAAAUGACGUCACUGUCCACUCCAACAUGCGGUGGUGAAUGGGUUGACAUUAUUUAUACAAUUAUUGCAAUAAGACAUAACAGUAAAUCUUAUAUUUUUUGUGUGAAUAAAAAUUACAGAUUAUUUAUAUUGUAAUAAUAAUACAGUGGACCCCCGGUUAACGAUUUUAAUCCGUGCAAGAGGGCUCAUCGUUAUGCGAAAUAAUCGUUAUGCGAAUGAAUUUUCCCCAUAAGAAAUAAUGGAAAUCAAAUUAAUCCGUGCAAGACGCCCAAAAGUAUGAAAAAAAAUUUUUUUUACCACAUGAAAUGUUAAUUUUAAUACACACAAACUGAAAAAGGCAUGCACAAUUAAAUGACACUUACUUUUAUUGAAGAUCUGGUGAUGAUUGAUGGGA